AUGAUGUCUUGGAUUGUCACCCUCAGUGUUCGUGCCGCUAUCUACCUAUUGGGACUAGGUCUUGCGUACCUCGUUGGAUCAUCCAUUUACAAUCUUUACUUUCACCCGCUCGCUAGAUUUCCAGGUGAGGCCCAAUAUCUGGCCGUGCCCAAGAUCUUUGGGUUUCCCGUCAAUGGUAGGUUCUGUCAAACUGAAGAAAACUUCCGUAUUCUCACCAGUAUCAGGAUCUCGGGUAACUGGCCUUGGGAAGUGGAGGCCCUACAUGCCAAAUAUGGUGACAUCGUGCGGAUUGGUCCAAACGAGUUAUCCUGCGUCCAUCCUCAAUCAAUCAAGGACAUUUAUGGACAGCCAAACAUCAACCAUCCCCAAUUCUUCCGCAAAUUUACCACUUUCUAUAAACAAUCGGAUGUUGGUGGGUCAAUAGGUACAGAGGUUGACCCUCAUGUCCAUCAAGGCAUUAGAAAGCGACUAGCUCCCGGGUUCAGCGCCUCUGCCCUUCGCAAACAAGGAGACAUCAUUGUCCGUCAUAUCGAUUCCCUCCUGUACCAGAUCUCGAAACAAGGGAAUACCCAGCAGGGAAUGAACAUGAGUCAAUGGUUCAUGUGGCUUGCUUUUGAUGUGAUUGCCGAUCUCUCCUUUGGCGAGGAGCUUGGCACAAUCGAGAUAGGCAAGACACUGCUAGACUGA